AUGGAAGCUUUAAAGGACUUACAGAGGAUGGACGUGAUUCUAAUGAAAAAAAUUCAAGACAAUGCCCUGAAAUCAGGCUUAUCUCGAUUGGUACCUUCUGUAAGUUUCAACGAUAAGAUUCUAAGUGCACAGAGUUUGGUUCCGCAGUCCCAGAGAAAGCCAUUAGCCGUUUUCAGACUUUCUUUUAAAAGGAGAUCUUGUGAUGCAGAAGAAACCAUUGAACAAUGUGUUGAUAUGUCUGUAUGCCCCAAAAAGAUACAUCACAUUGCCCAGCAUCCUGAGCUUCCCAAAGUGAAAGCAAAUGGGAAAGUGUUCAUUUUGCCUACUUAUCCUGCUGCAAUGUUUCUAGGUGAUAGUGAUGGAGAGAGGAUGAGUCUUGUAAUGUAUUUCAAAGUUUCUGAGAAUUUUGAUAAAGACAUCUCUCCUCAAUUCCAGGACAACAUCAAGAAAAUGGUUGACGAUGAGACGGAAAAAGUUAAAGGAUUCGCAAAGGACUCCACUGUACCUUUUAGAGAAAGACUAAAGAUCUUGACGGAGGUGGUAAAUCCUGAAGAUCUCGAUCAGAGUUCUACUGAGAAGAAGCUUGUACAUGCAUAUAAUGACAAACUAGUUCUUUCACGCCCCCGACACAAUUUUUACAAGCUCUCUCACAUGCACGGUCCUAACUACUUUGAGAUUGAUCUGGACAUUCAUCGCUUCAGCUACAUAUCAAGGAAGGGUCUCGAAUUGUUGUGA